CCUUUAUGUCGAUUAUACAAUUAUUUUUUUUAACACUUUAAAGGGAUUGAAUUACUAUGGAUGACUAUGAAUCAAUUAUACUUGUUAAAAAUAAUGUAAGCAUUUAUAAUAUUGCUCCGGUUUAUGGAAAGACGAAAUAUAAAGCUGCAGAUUGGAAACUAGAUAAUCCUGAUUGGACUGGGCGAUUAAAAUUGAUUUCUAUUCGCGAUAAAUGUUCUAUCAAAUUCGAGGAUGCAGAUGGCAAACUUUUUGCAGCAUGUCCUAUUGACAAAUACCCUGGUAACUGCAUCGAAGGUGUAAGCGAUUCUAGUAGAUAUUUUGUGAUUAAGCUUCUAAGUGAAAAUGGUAGAUCAGCCUUUGUAGGAUUGGGCUUUUUAGAUAGAUCAGAUUCCUUCGAUCUAAAUUUAGCACUUCAAAGUCAUUUUAGAUGGCUUAAGGAUAGUAAGGAUAUAGAAAAAAAUUUGAUUCAAAAUAAAAUGGAACCUACCAUAGACAUGAGUCUAAAAGAUGGACAGACUAUAAAAUUAAAUUUUUCACUGCCUAAGAAUAAAGAAAGUCCAAGCAAUAAUAACUCUAAAUUAAAACCGACAUGUUUGGUAAAAGUGCCAAUUUCAACAUCUACAAAUUCAGAUUCCAAUAUAAACUCAGUGAUCAAUCAAAAAAAAAUCUUAAUGGCGCAUGAAACAUCAACUAAUCAA